AUGCAGCUGAGCCGCGCCGCCGCCGCCGCCGCCGCCGCCGCCGCCCCUGCGGAGCCCUCGGAGCCGCUGUCCCCGGCGCCGGCCCCGGCCCCGGCUCCCCCCGGCCCCCUCCCGCGCAGCGCGGCCGACGGGGCUCCGGUGGGGGGCCGGGGGGGGCCGGGGCGCGGCGAGGAGCCCCGGGGCGCCCAGCUCCCGGCCGCUAGCGGCCCCGGCCCGGGCGCGGGGAUGGACGGCCCCGGGGCCAGCGCUGUGAUCGUGCGCGUCGGCAUCCCAGACCUGCAGCAGACGAAGUGCCUGCGCCUGGACCCGGCCGCGCCCGUUUGGGCCGCCAAGCAGCGCGUGCUCUGCGCCCUCAACCACAGCCUCCAGGACGCGCUCAACUACGGGCUCUUCCAGCCGCCCUCUCGGGGCCGCGCCGGCAAGUUCCUGGACGAGGAGAGGCUUCUGCAGGAAUACCCGCCCAACCUAGACACGCCCCUGCCCUACCUGGAGUUUCGAUACAAGAGGCGAGUUUAUGCCCAGAACCUCAUUGAUGAUAAGCAGUUUGCAAAGCUUCACACAAAGGCGAACCUGAAGAAGUUUAUGGAAUACGUCCAGCUGCACAGCACAGACAAGGUGGCCCGCCUGCUGGACAAGGGGCUGGACCCCAAUUUCCACGAUCCUGACUCAGGAGAGUGUCCGCUGAGCCUUGCCGCCCAGUUGGACGACGCCACCGACCUGCUGAAGGUGCUGAGGAACGGCGGCGCUCACCUGGACUUCCGCACGCGAGACGGGCUCACGGCCGUGCACUGUGCCACGCGCCAGCGGAACGCGGCUGCCUUGACGACCCUGCUGGACCUGGGCGCCUCACCGGACUACAAGGACAGCCGCGGUCUGACGCCCUUGUACCACAGCGCCCUGGGCGGGGGGGAUGCCCUCUGCUGCGAGCUGCUCCUGCACGACCAUGCUCAGCUGGGGACCACCGACGAGAACGGCUGGCAGGAAGUCCACCAGGCCUGCCGCUUCGGGCACGUGCAGCACCUGGAGCACCUGCUGUUCUACGGAGCUGACAUGGGGGCUCAGAAUGCCUCUGGGAACACAGCCCUGCACAUCUGCGCCCUCUACAACCAGGAGAGCUGUGCCCGUGUCCUGCUUUUCCGCGGAGCCAACAAGGACGUCCGCAAUUACAACAGCCAGACAGCCUUCCAGGUGGCCAUCAUAGCGGGGAACUUUGAGCUCGCGGAGGUCAUCAAGACCCACAAAGAUUCGGACGUUGUGCCAUUCAGGGAAACCCCCAGCUACGCGAAGCGGCGGCGGCUGGCCGGCCCGAGCGCCCUGGCCUCGCCUCGGCCCCUGCAGCGCUCAGCCAGUGACAUCAACCUGAAGGGCGAGGUGCAGCCGGCAGCUUCUCCUGGACCUUCACUGCGAAGCCUCCCCCACCAGCUGCUGCUCCAGCGACUGCAGGAGGAGAAAGACCGGGACCGGGAUGGGGACCAGCAGAAUGACGGCAGCCCUGCCACAGGCAGGGGCAGCCAGAGCAAGAUCAGCCCGAGCGGGCCCGGCGGCCCGGGCGGCCCCGGCCCCGCGCCCGGCCCCGGCCCGGCGCCCCCCGCGCCCCCCGCGCCGCCGCCCCGGGGCCCGAAGCGGAAACUUUACAGCGCAGUCCCCGGCCGCAAGUUCAUCGCCGUGAAGGCGCACAGCCCGCAGGGCGAGGGCGAGAUCCCGCUGCACCGCGGCGAGGCCGUGAAGGUGCUCAGCAUUGGGGAGGGCGGUUUUUGGGAGGGGACCGUGAAAGGCCGCACGGGCUGGUUCCCGGCUGACUGCGUGGAGGAGGUGCAGAUGAGACAGUAUGACACCCGGCACGAAACCCGGGAGGACCGGACAAAACGACUUUUCCGCCACUACACGGUGGGCUCCUACGACAGCCUCUCUGCACACAGCGACUAUGUCAUUGACGACAAGGUGGCUGUCCUGCAGAAACGGGACCACGAAGGCUUUGGUUUUGUGCUCCGGGGGGCCAAAGCAGAGACUCCCAUCGAGGAGUUCACGCCCACGCCGGCCUUCCCUGCGCUCCAAUACCUCGAGUCUGUGGAUGUGGAGGGCGUGGCCUGGAGGGCAGGGCUGCGCACGGGAGACUUCCUCAUCGAGGUGAAUGGCGUGAACGUGGUGAAAGUCGGACACAAGCAGGUGGUGGCUCUGAUCCGCCAGGGCGGGAACCGCCUCGUCAUGAAGGUGGUGUCAGUGACAAGGAAGCCAGAAGAGGACGGGGCUCGACGCAGAGCCCCUCCGCCCCCUAAGAGAGCCCCCAGCACAACGCUGACCCUGCGCUCCAAGUCCAUGACAGCAGAGCUUGAGGAGCUUGAGAAGCUGGACGAGAUCCUGGCGGCCGCCGCGGAACCGGCACUGAGGCCGGACAUCGCAGAUGCGGACUCGAGAGCGGCCACCGUCAAACAGCGGCCCACUAGUCGGAGGAUCACCCCUGCUGAGAUCAGUUCACUGUUUGAGCGCCAGGGCCUCCCAGGCCCGGAGAAGCUGCCAGGCUCCCUGCGGAAGGGGAUUCCACGGACCAAGUCUGUAGGGGAGGACGAGAAGCUGGCGUCCCUGCUGGAGGGGCGCUUCCCGAGGAGCACGUCGAUGCAGGACACGGUGCGCGAGGGCCGUGGCAUCCCGCCCCCUCCGCAGACCGCGCCGCCGCCCCCUCCCGCCCCCUACUACUUUGACUCUGGGCCGCCCCCUGCCUUCUCGCCACCGCCGCCUCCCGGCCGCGCCUACGACACCGUGCGCUCCAGCUUCAAACCCGGCCUGGAGGCACGCCUGGGCGCGGGCGCCCCGGGCCUGUAUGAUUCAGGCGCGGCCCUGGGUCCGCUGCCUUACCCGGAGCGGCAGAAGCGCGCGCGCUCCAUGAUCAUCCUGCAGGACUCGGCGCCCGAGGCGGCCGACGCCUCUCGGCCCCCGCCAGCGGCCACCCCGCCGGAACGCCCCAAGCGGCGGCCACGGCCGCCGGGCCCCGACAGCCCCUACGCCAACCUGGGCGCCUUCAGCGCCAGCCUCUUCGCGCCGUCGAAACCUCAGCGCCGCAAGAGCCCUCUGGUGAAGCAGCUGCAGGUGGAGGAUGCGCAGGAGCGCGCGGCCCUGGCCGUGGGCAGCCCCGGCCCGGGCGUUGGCAGCUUCGCCAGGGAGCCCUCCCCGACGCACCGCGGGCCGCGGCCCAGCGGUCUCGACUACGGCCCCGGAGACGGCCCCGGGCUGGCGUUUGGCGGCCCGGCCCCAAGCAAGGACCGGCGGCUGGAGGAGCGGCGGCGCUCCACCGUGUUCCUGUCUGUGGGUGCCAUCGAGGGCAGCCCUCCGACCGCGGACAUGCCCUCCCUGCAGCCCUCCCGCUCCAUCGAUGAGCGCCUUCUGGGAACCGGCGCCACCACCACCGGCCGUGACCUGCUGCUGCCCUCCCCAGUUUCUGCUCUGAAGCCAUUGGUUAGCGGCCCAAGCCUUGGGCCUUCCGGCUCCACUUUCAUCCACCCGCUCACCGGCAAACCUCUGGACCCCAGCUCGCCUUUGGCCCUGGCCCUGGCAGCUCGUGAGCGGGCUCUGGCCUCCCAGGCGCCCUCCCGGUCCCCUACACCUGUGCACAGCCCCGACACCGACCGGCCCGGGCCCUUGUUUGUGGAUGUGCAGGCCCGGGACUCGGAGCGAGGGCCUCUGGCCUCGCCAGCCUUCUCCCCCAGGAGCCCAGCCUGGGUUCCUGUGCCUGCGCGGAGGGAGCCCGAGAAGGUGCCCCGGGAGGAGCGCAAGUCCCCGGAGGACAAGAAAUCCAUGAUCCUCAGCGUCCUGGACACGUCCCUGCAGCGGCCCGCCGGCCUCAUCGUCGUGCACGCCACCAGCAACGGGCAGGAACCCGGUGGGCUGGGGGCCGAAGAGCAGCGCCCUGGCACCCCGGAGCUGGCCCCGACCCCCACGCAGUCCGCUGUGGUCACAGAGCCCCUGCCGAGCCCCCGGGCCCAGCCCCCUGGCAGUGCCCCCGCUGACCCCGGGCCCGGCCAGGGCAGCUCCGAGGAGGAGCCGGAGCUGGUAUUCGCUGUGAACCUGCCGCCAGCCCAGCUGUCCUCCAGCGACGAGGAGACCAGAGAGGAGCUGGCCCGCAUCGGACUCGUGCCGCCUCCCGAAGAGUUUGCCAACGGGGUCCUGCUGGCCACGCCACUCCCCGGCCCAGGCCCCUCGCCCACCACGGUGCCAGGCCCGGCCUCAGGGAAGCCGAGCACCGAGCCGCCGCCCGCCCCGGAGUCCGCGGCGGAUUCGGGGGUAGAGGAGGCCGACACGCGCAGCUCCAGCGACCCCCACCUGGAGACCACGAGCACCAUCUCCACCGUGUCCAGCAUGUCCACCCUGAGCUCGGAGAGUGGGGAACUCACGGACACCCACACCUCCUUCGCUGACGGACAUACUUUUCUACUCGAGAAGCCACCAGUGCCUCCCAAGCCCAAGCUCAAGUCCCCGCUGGGGAAGGGGCCGGUGACCUUCAGGGACCCGCUGCUGAAGCAGUCCUCCGACAGUGAGCUCAUGGCCCAGCAGCACCACGCCACCACCGCCGGGCUGGCCGCUGCUGCCGGGCCUGCUCGCCCUCGCUACCUCUUCCAGAGAAGGUCCAAGCUGUGGGGGGACCCCGUCGAGAGCCGGGGGCUCCCUGGGCCCGAAGACGACAAGCCAACUGUGAUCACUGAGCUCAGCUCGCGCCUGCAGCAGCUGAACAAAGACACCCGCUCCCUGGGGGAGGAGCCGGCCGGCGGCCUGGGCGGCCUGCUGGACCCCGCCAAGAAGUCUCCCAUCGCGGCGGCUCGGCUACCCCGCCGAGUCCCAGCCCCGCCCCCAGCGUCCUCUUGGCCGUUGGCCCCGCGCCCCUCCGCCCGGCCCCACCUUGCCUGGUACCCCUCACCUGGCCUUGACCCCCUCUCCCUCCGCAGGCUCUUCAGCAGCCUCGGUGAGCUGAGCACCAUCUCAGCGCAGCAGCGCAGCCCCGGGGGCCCGGGCGGCGGGCCCUCCUACCCCGUGCGGCCAGGCGGCCGCUACCCUGUGGCGCGGCGCGCCCCGAGCCCGGUGAAGCCCGCGUCGCUGGAGCGGGUGGAGGGGCUGGGGGCGGGGGCGGGGGGCGCGGGGCGGCCCUUUGGCCUCACGCCCCCCACCAUCCUCAAGUCGUCCAGCCUCUCCAUCCCCCACGAGCCGAAGGAGGUGCGCUUUGUGGUGCGCAGCGUGAGCGCGCGCAGCCGCUCGCCCUCGCCUUCGCCGCUGCCCUCGCCAGCGCCCGGCCCGGGCCCCGGGGCCCCCAGCCCCCGCCGGCCCUUCCAGCAAAAGCCCCUGCAACUCUGGAGCAAGUUCGACGUGGGCGACUGGCUGGAGAGCAUCCACUUGGGCGAGCACCGCGACCGCUUCGAGGACCACGAGAUCGAGGGCGCGCACCUGCCGGCGCUCACCAAGGACGACUUCGUGGAGCUGGGCGUCACGCGCGUGGGCCACCGCAUGAACAUCGAGCGCGCGCUCAGGCAGCUGGACGGCAGCUGACGCCCCCCGCCCCCUCCCCACGCCCCGGCCGCGCCCUGCGGGCAGGGCUCCCCUCAGCCUCCACCCCCCGCCCCCCGCCCCGGGCUGCGGGCUCGGCCCACUCCCCAGCCCCUACCCUAACGGCGCCCGGGCCAGGAAUGUUGCAUGAAUCGUCCUGUUCGCUGUCGCUCGGAGACUUGCCCUGUACAUUGCUUAGCGCCCUCCCAGGCCGUCGAGCCCCACCCAGCACACGGUCAGGAAGGGCGCGGGCCGUGGGGGGCUGGAGCGGGAGGGGGCGGGGGCGGGGCGCUCCAGCCUGGCCAUCUCCCGCUGAGCUCCUGGUGGCUACUUUCCCAGAGGGGAUGACCUAGUCCAGCAUGCGAGGUCAAGACACACCUUGGUGACUCGGGGGGAGGGGGGAGACAUUGGGGUUCUCGGUUGGGGGCCAAGGAGCCCCCUGUUUUGCAUAUUUUAAUCCACUCUAUAUUUGGAACAAGAAAAGGAACAAAUAUCUCUGUCCUUAAUAGCUUCCCUUGCCCUCCCCUUCAGCCCCCGGUUCCGCUGCGGCUGCCCAGUCUUCCAUCUCUGGCCCCUCAACUGCCACUGCCACCCCACAUGGGGCAGGGGACGCUCCAGCUGGUCUGGGGUUGGCCAGGGUCCUCGUGCCCGCCCCGGGGCCCCAUUGGGCCCCCUCCCCUCGCUGAGCUAUGGUGUUCCCCACCGACCCUUCAGGUGCUGCGUGGAGGAGGGGCGGCAGGCAGCGACUCCUGCGGGCGCUCACGCGGUCACGCGGCCCGGGAGAGCCGGCCGGGGGCGGUGUGGGCGCAGGGCCCCCUGGCACCUGCCCCCGGCCGGCUCCCUCACAGGGUCCCCCCUCCAGCAGGGGUCUAGCCUCCUCUCCACGCUGCUGGGCGACUACAGCAGAGACGCCUCCCUGCCUCAGACCUGAAGUCGCCAGUUCCGCCCUGUGUGUGUGUGCGCACAUGUGCGAGUGUGUGAAACUCGGGGUGCGACUGAGUGCAUUGGAGCCCCUUGUGUGCCUGACUGGAGGGUGGUCCCAAGGGGUCACUCUGGACUAGUGUGGGGGCUUCGGAAGCUUGCACAGGGUGCGUGCAUGGGUGUGUGCCUGUGAAAGCACCCCGUCUCCACUUCCAAAGAAAGUCAGAGGUCGUCUUGCACCCUGGGACCUGCUGUUUGCCCAGUUUGUCCCUCCAGAGCCUCGCGGAGCCUGAGUGGGCCUUCUUGGUGAAGCCUUGCUGCUUGGGAGAGGCCCCCAAGGACCCUUGGAGGCAAUGCUCCGCCCCCGCUGGGCUUCUAGGGGGGAUCAUAGGGGCACCCCUAGAGUCAGGCCACUGCGAGCCUUGGGGAGAGGCAAAGACCCCAGUGGGCACCCCAGCCCCCCUUACUGUGACUCCUCACACUCAGCGAUGACCUGUGGGGUGGGGGGCCCGGGAUGUUUUUAAACCUAGGGUUUGGAGUCUGGACUAAGCUCCAUCCACGUCACUCACGAGUUUCUGUUUAUAUUUCUAGCUUUUUUUAAUAAAAAUUAAAAAACCCAGAAAACAGAAGUUUUCACAGCCCAGGGGCUUGGCACGCCGGUCUGUGCCCACCCGCCGCACCCCGGCCCACCGGCUCCAUUCCCUGGGCAGAUUCACACCCAGUAACCCUUUCACCAACAGACCAGGUCACACACACAGCAGCAGUCACUGUAACAGACUGCCACAUACACACUCGUCUCACUCACCUGUGGGUUUUGGUUCCGUUCAGUUUGGGUUUUUAACUUUACAGGGUCAGUUCUGCUUUGCCCCUCCUUUUGUACGGAGCUCCACGUGGGGGGUUCUCCCCCUGCUCCAGCCCCGAGGCCUCUUGACCCUGACGUUGUGAUACACCCCACAGAGAUCUAUGUUUCUUAUAUUAUUAUUAUUGAUAAUAAUUAUAAUAUUAUGUAAUAAAUUUAUAAGAAAUGAAA